CGUCUAAACACUUGACAAGAAAUAUGUUGUCUGAUAAGAUUAUUAGCAUUGCAAUUGGUAGGAAAGUUGCGAUCUCUUUUGUUCUUAGAAUAAUAUCAAUAAAAAUUUGAAAUUACUGCGUACGCAAUUCGUAUCCUUGCAGAAGUAGCAGAGAUAAAGGGAUAUCCCUGGUAGUAGUCCUGAUUUCAAAAUUGUUAUGUAGUAUGCUUUGAUACUAAAUAUUAAUAAAAAUGAGUCGUUCCAACGAAGAUGGGAUUAAUUGGUUCCAUUCGGGACUUUCACGAGAAGAUGCUGAGAAAUUGUUAACAAAAGAGCCCUAUGAAGAUGGAACUUUUUUAAUACGGGAAUGCAACUCAGCAGAAGGUGACUUCGUUCUUACUCUUAUACACAAGGAGGCAGUUUGCCACUAUCAGAUACGAAGGCAUGGCGGCGACGCGUUUUUUUCCAUUGAUGAUAAGGUAAAGAUUUUGCACGGUCUGGAAUCUCUUGUUGAAUUUUACCAAAUGGCAGCCAAUGGUCUUCCAACGAAACUUACAAAGUUUAUAAAAAAGGACUUGCCUCCAAAUGAUGCCCGUCGACAUGGUAAUACUAAUUUGUUGCAUCGAGCGACCAAAGAGAAUAACGCGACAAUCGUUGGUGAGUUGUUAAAGUGCGGCUAUCGCAACGUUGAUGCAAAAAACCAAGAUGGACAAACAGCUUUGCAUUUAGCUGCUAUUUACAGCGAUCAGACCAUAUUAAAACUAAUACUUGGAUCUGACGUUAACGUUAAUUGCAUGGACGCGUUUGGUAAUAUGCCCCUUCAUUAUGCAUGCCGCACCAAACCAGGUGCUUUCAUCUGUAAUUUAAUUGAAGCAAAUGCGAACGUUCAAGGGCGCAACAUUAAAAAUGGUUAUGUCCCAUUACAUGAUGCAUGUAAAAACGGUAAUAUUGAUGCAGUAAAAGUACUUUUACAGUCAAAUGCUCCCUUAUUACCACGCACGACUUCUGGAGAAUUUCCAAUUGACUUAGCUCGUGAAGCUGGAAGAGAAGAUGUUGUAAAAUAUUUAAGCGACUACAAAUUGCCAGGUGCACAAACUAAAAGAUCUCUUUGGUAUCAUGGUACAUUAACCAGAGAAGAAGCUGUUGAAAGUUUACAAAGAUUUGCGAAACGAAAGAAUUGUACUGUUAAUGUGAACAACAACAACGGACAUGAAGAAAGUAAAAUUGAUACUUCAGGAAGUUUUUUAGUUCGCUACUCUGAUCGGUCUGGAUUUGUUUUAACUCUUCUAUUUGAAAAUCAGGUUAAGAACUUCAAAAUAUCACAAUUGUCCAAAUAUUUGUACAUUGAUGAAGGGCCAUAUCUACCCACAUUGGAACAUUUAGUGGAACAUUUUAUGCGUUUUAACGACGGCUUACCAAUUAAUUUAAAAUAUGCAGUACCACCAGAACCCAAACCGCCACAACCACUACUUUCUACUCUCCCCCGAAACAAAAGCCAUCAUAAAAAAUUGUACAAUUCAAAUUCAUUAAAUGAAAACAUAGGCAACACAGAAAUUGUUUCAACUACUUGUAUAUCUAAUAAAGCAAUUUCGAAAGCUCUGCCUGAGAAGAAACGUAAAGAAACUACAAAUUUGAUGCUGAGUAAUUUUUUAAAAAUGAAGUCGAAAAUCCCAAACUCUGACGAAACGGUUCCUUCUUAUACGGACACACCUACAUCACAACGUUCAGUAGAAGAAUUUCCAUGUAAAGGUUUAUCAUUUUGUACAAACUUCGUUAAAGCCGAAAUAUCAGACACUGGUGAUUUCAAUAAACCUUCUGCGAUUAAAAAUUCAGUCAACACUGACCUAAGCAAUAACUUAUCGUUGAACGAAAUGUAUAACGUGCCUAGAAACAAUUCAGCAGUCGAAGAGCAAGUUAUGGAUGAGUCUGUAUUCUCCCACACCGAAUCUGUAUUUCAGACGAGCAUAUGUUCUGAUAAUUCCACAAAUCGACAUUACAAACAAACGUAUGAAGCAAAAGGACACCUUGAAGAGGUUGAUUCACAAGGAAUUUCUAUUCAAAAGUCACGAGGGGUUUUCUGUGACUUCGAAGGCUUUGACUCUUCCUGUAUUCCUAAUAUGGAAAGUGAAAAUGAAAUAUCUAGCUACUGCAUUUCCAACGAAAAUAUUGAAUUGGGAAAACUAAUUGGUGAAGGCGAAUUCGGUUCCGUAUAUCGUGGUUACUUGAAGGGGGCUAUUUUAGGAGCUACUGAUAAAUAUUCUCAAGUAGAAAUUGCAAUCAAAACGUUACGAAACGAACACUGCCGAACUAGUAAGCAAGAGUUCCUACGCGAGGCCUCUGUAAUGAUGCAUUUAAAGCACCAUUGUAUAGUGCAAUUAAUUGGGUUAUCUAAAGGUGAUACUUUAAUGAUGAUACAGGAGCUUGUGCCUCUAGGGUCAAUGUUACUCUUCAUACAAAAAAAUGUUAGAAAAAUUGAUCCAAAUCGUGAGUUAAAACUAUGGGCUUCUCAAAUAGCAUGCGGAAUGCAAUAUUUAGAAUCUCAACAUUUCGUACAUCGGGAUUUAGCUGCCCGAAAUAUUCUACUGGCAUCAUUUCAUCAAGCAAAAAUCAGUGACUUUGGUUUAUCUCGCGCUCUGGGAUCAUCUAAUGACUUCUAUGAAGCCCAGCAUGGCGGUAGAUGGCCGAUUAAAUGGUAUGCCCCAGAGAGCUACAAAAAUGGAAUUUUUUCACAUUCCAGCGAUGUUUGGUCUUACGGAGUGACAUUAUGGGAGAUGUUUUCAUUAGGCGAGGUACCUUACGGUGAAAUGCUUGGUUCUGAAGCUGUAAAGUUAAUAGAAGAUGGAAAACGUCUGUUGCAACCCAAAUUUUGCCCUAAUAAUGUCUAUACUAUUAUGGAAAACUGUUGGCAAUAUAAUCCUAAAGAUCGGCCCACAUUUAGUUAUUUGACAGAGAUUUUUGUGAAAGAUCCGGACUACGAAAAUAUAAUAGAGCUGGUUAAAACAAGAAGUAUUGGUUAAAUUAAAAUAAGUUGUGCACAAUCAAAUUAAGGUUUAUAAAAUAGUUUUGGCACAUUUAGUACAGCCGAAUAACCACACUAUUACGCAUUUCUAAUUGCGUAAGUGCAGCCUGUAAUUUUGCAUUAGAAUACCAAAUUGAGCUAUGUAUGUACAUAUGUUGAGAUACCGCAGAAUAUUGUGUAAAUUAUCAAGUACUAUCAACCCUUAAUAUAGUAGGUAGAAGUGUCAAAAUAGGAAAAUAAGCAUUGUUUUAGACUUUUAAUACAUUGAAUAUCUUUAAUAAGUUUACAUACAUAAUUAGGGGUUUCACAUAGUCGCAUAAAGUUAUAACGAUCCGAAAACAUAGCGUUCAGAGUUGUAUUUGCGUAAACUUAUUUUAGUAUGCAAUCUAACAACAAAUUUUUUUAACUAGUAUAAAAAUUUAUGAUUUUCCGAUGCUUUAUGACACGUGAGUACCCCAAAUAUGUAUGUGUAUGCAUGUAUAUAUAUUUUUCUAACUGAAUAAUUUUCCAGUUAGAUAGCAUUUCUAACUGAAUAAUCCAAAUCGUUUGACUUUAAACACUUUAUGAACUUUUCAAGUAAUAUUUUUAGCCUUUUUUGAUGUUGUACAUUUUUUGAAAAUUUUAAAUUGCCUAUUGAAGCAGUAAAAUUAUUGAAAUAAUAUUUAUAAUUGUACCUAUAGUGCUUAAAUGCGGUUUUAUUAUAAAUUUAUAGUUAGUAAAUAAAUUUUGAAAUUCUUUAAAAUGGCCAGCACAAUACGAAUUAAUUCAAUUCAACUACAGAAAUUAAUUCUACUGAAAGUCAUCGUUUUCCCUUUAUAUAUAUGCAUAGUUUGAUUGUUAACUACUAAUUACCAUUAACUACCGCAGUUUCUUCUUGAAAAACGUUUCUUAACCGAAAGGUGGCUUUCGGUAAAUAUGUUGGUUGAUGAAACUGUUAAAAACUGAGCAUUUGAAAAUUUAUAUUUUCAAACCUAAAUAUGUGUGCACGAAAUAUUUUUUAUUAAUAAGAGAGGAGUUAUAUAGCAAAAAUGAUAAUUUUUUAAUAGCGAAUAAAUUUAAAGUUAAACAGAUUUUUCCAAAAGCCACAGGUUUGCUUUUUCGAAGAGAAGAGAGCUCAAGUUAAGGACGUAAAAAGCUGACAGAAGUGCUAGUUUCUGCUAGUGGUAAGCAUCACUUUCUACAUGAAAAUUCUGGCAACACUGCCUAGAUCACACGUUCUAUCGGUAAAUUCUUGCGCAUCAUUAGCGUAACUACCGCAACAUAAACAUUUUGAAUGCGAGAUAAGAUGGAGGAAUUGUAAGUGAAUUUUGUAUUAAAUAUUAAUUUUAUAUUUGAUAUAAUGUAAUAAAAAAUGUAAUCAGGAUAUAAUUCACUA